UAUCUCGACAAAUUUCAACUCGAAACGCGCCCCGAAAUUCCCCAAAAUCAACCCAUUAACUCGUGACCACCUAAAAUCAUAAAUUACCUUAAUCUCAGUUCUCCUAAGUUUCUCCCUGUUGUGAAGUAGUAUGUAUAAUUGUAUAUGUGUGUGUGUAUGUGUUGAAAUGUGAGUGCUUGUUUUCUUUGAUUCAGUGUUCUAAGUGAAUGUAAAUUUGGAGAAUUACCAUUAAAUAAUCAAAUUAUCUAAAGUUUUCAUUCCUACGAACAUCCUUCUCCCCGUAGCAGGAGUGGAAUUAUGUACUUUUUGAACGUGAAAGGAUGUAUUCGAGUGGAGUGCUAGUGUGUUUGAGUGAGUGCGACUAUGCCUUCGUAUUUGUUCUGGAUUAGUUUCGAGUCAAAUUGAAGAUGGCUACCAAAGUCAUUCGUCAACCACAUUUGGCUCUUGCAGUCAUUUUUUCCUCCGUCAUCACACUAACUGUGAAUCAUCCAGGUAUCGUGGAUACGAGGCAGGGACCUGCACAUAUUGACAGUGGGUGGGCAGAGAUACACUCGUGACCGCCGCUUCCAGCCGCUGCAUGCCGACGGCAGUGAUGAGUGGACGCUGAGGGUGGUGCAGCCCCGGGCCCAGGAGGCCGGUACAUACGAGUGCCAGGUCAGCACCGAGCCAAAGAUAUCGCAGGCAUUCCAGCUCAACGUUGUGGUAUCACGCGCCAGCAUAUCAGGCAGCAAAGAACUGUUUGUGAAGCGAGGGAGCGACUUCAACCUGACCUGCGUGGUCCUGGAGUCACAGGGUGGGACAGAACCACCACUCUUCAUCUACUGGUACAAGGAUGGCCGGGUCGUCAACUACUCGUCACGUGACCUGAAUGACGUCACGUCAGAGUCACGUGGCGUCACGGUCGUCACAGAUGCUGCAUCACGGAGCUCGCGCCUCCACAUCAGUUCGGCACUGCCUGAAGACACGGGCAACUAUACAUGCUCUCCUUCCUCUUCACUGCCUGACUCCACUCUGGUGCAUGUGCUCAAUGGUGAAGAACCAGCUGCCAUGCAGCAUGGCAACAGCAGUUCAGGCAGUGCUGCUCUCCAUAUCAUGUGGCAAGACUGCGUAUCAUGCAACAAGCUGAACUUCCUUCCUCUACUACUGUUCUGCGGCUCUCUUCCGUAUCACCUCAAAACUGUGCUGGCUCUGGAUACAAGUUGAUUGCCAGGCCUUAUCAGUUGUCCAUUCUUCUAAGCUAUAGAGCACACUUGGCUCACGACUUGGAAAUUUGUGAAAUUAUAGACUAUGAAGCGUAAACAGGUCUAACAAUUGACAGAACCAUCUGGAAGUAUGUUUCAUUCUUUAUAGUUUAUCCUUUAUUCUCCAUUAUUUUAUUGACUCAAUUGUAAACAAUUAUUUCAAAGAUAAUUUUGUUGAGGAUCAACAGGCACAGUCCAAAACUGUUCAACUUUUCCGGGCCCUCCCCAAGUUCUAUCAGAUUGAUUAAUCAUCAGUUUUUUAAUCUGUUCUGAGUUGAAGAGAAAAGCUGGUUGACUAUAGAGAGAUCCACGUUAUAAUAACAUUCUUUAAUCAGCAAUGGAAUUGCAGUCCUUGUUCAUCAUUCAACAAAGCAGAUAACGCUAUUCCUUUCUCGGUUUGCUCUGUUGCCAGAUCGUCUU